AUGGAGGUCAAGGUGGCCAUUGUGGGAUACUUGAUCCCUCCAAUGUCCAGCCCCAUUGACCAUGGGGCUCAGGUUCACCACCGGGCGCCUUAUGUCGCUGUAGGAAGGCUCAAGCGGGUGUCCAAAGAUUUCAAGCGAGUAGUGGAAGCGAUCCACUACAUCAAGGCCAUCGCAGUGGCGGAUGGAAGAAUCAAGUUCACGAUGAAUCCUAUGCAGGAUACCCUUGUUGUAUUCUGGAUGGCUAUUCCAAAGCCGAAACCAGACAGUUCCUGGCUUCGAUCUAUGAAAGCGGCUGGAUAUACGGUUGAUGAAGAAGCGUUGCCCAUCCGUCGUUUGAUCGUAUCGAAUCACUACCCUAUGCAGCCUCGGUCGCAGGACACCAUGGGAUUCGUCUCUCGAACCAACCGAGCCCAAACCGUCGCCAACAGUCUUCGUUGGAAAAACGAGCCUUUCGAGACCGACCUCCCCAUGUUCUCUCGCUUCCCUUUCCUGGAGGAAGCCGUCGUGUCGGUGUCCAUGAUGAGCCGUAUGUGGCACAUCUCCGGCUUUCAGAUGGAGGGACCGGAUAUCGAAGCACCACGCCCGAACGGUGAGAGUUGGGGAUUCAACCGCGUUGGGUCCUACAACGCCAUCGCGGCCCGAUAUUUCGAGGACAAGGGCAUCCAGGCUGAUACUGGAAUCCUUUGGGCGUUCCCUCCCUCAAUUUUCACAUCCCACCAUGCGGCUCUUAUCUCGCAGCCAGAAGAUCUACACCCAUCUAUCAACCCACAUGAAACCUACAUUCAUGAUUCAGACCUACCAUUCAUCGGGCUCUAUGGGUAUAGCCGUGGAACUCGCUCACUCGGAGGAAAGUGGGCUGGCUUCCGGUAUCAUACGCGAACCCACAAAGUCCAGUUCUCUCCCCUGGCGUGGUACGAGGUAGAGCCGAUUGUUCACCGACUGGGAUACGACCCUGAGCCUGGUCGACGACUUCCUGGCGGAGCUGAUCCGCAAUUUGUCGCGCGUGUCUGGAUGAUCAAGGAGGGAGAUGAACCCAAAGAUGAACCUCAUCAUUGUUGGAUCGACGUGAAGGAGCCUAGGGAAGAUGACACGGAUGAGCCCUGGGAGCAGGACGAGCACUAUGUGGAGGAGAUUGCCACCACCUAG